GUGAAAAGUGAAGGCCCCAAGCUGGUGCCCUUCUUUAAAGCCACUUGUGUCUAUUUCGUCCUCUGGCUGCCAACUUCCAGCCCCUCCUGGUUCAGUGCCCUCAUCAAAUGUCUGCCCAUCUUCUGCCUGUGGGUUUUCCUUCUGGCUCAUGGAAUUAACUUCUUAGUGUCACACCGGAGCGCCAGCCGCAUCCUAGCAGGACUCAUAUUCUCAGCAGUGGGAGACGCCUUUCUCAUCUGGCAGGAGCAGGGCUACUUCAUUCAUGGUCUGCUGAUGUUCGCCAUCACGCACAUCCUGUACUCUUCAGCCUUCGGCAUGAAGCCUUUGGACCUCAAAGCCGGCUUGUUGAUGGGCCUUGUUUCCAGUUCCUGUUAUGCCUUCCUGUACUCCUACCUCUCAGGCCCAUUCACCUACCUGGUAGCUGUCUACAUCGCCUUGAUUGGCUUCAUGGGCUGGCGAGCGGUCGCUGGCAUGCAGCUGUGCAACGACCUCUGGACAUGGACCAAGCUCUCGGCCUGCAUCGGCGCGAUGCUGUUCAUGGUGUCGGAUCUGACCAUUGCACUUAACAAGUUCUGCUUUCCUGUGCCCUACUCGCGCUUCAUCAUCAUGGCUACUUACUAUGCAGCCCAAAUGCUUAUUGCACUGUCAGCUGUAGAGAGCAGAGAUGAAGAGGACUUCAGAAAGAGGAGCUAG